AUGCCUGGCCGUACUGUGGCCAGCCCGCCGCCGUCGCCGGCUUCUACGGCAUCUACUGAGGAGACAGUGAGUCCUUCACAGAGGUUCAAAAGGGAUACCAUUGGACCUGAGGACACGUCAGAGUUCACGAUGGACGAGGUUCGGCGUUACGGCUUCAUCGUCAUUGAUAAUAUUAUAUAUAACGUGACUGAAUGGGUGGCUCAUGGGGGACAUCCAGGUGGAGAAGUCCUUCUGAGCUGCCUCGGGCGUGAUGUGACCUCUCUCUUCCGGGGUAUUCAUCACCCUGGUAUCGCCAAGCACUACCUCCCACCUCUGGCAAUUGGUCGACUUAAGGACCCUUCUAUUGAAGACAAGGCAGAAGCUGACUUUGCAGCACUGGAAAGGCAUGUUCGGCGCUUAGGACUCUAUGAGCAGAAGGUCUCCUAUUACUUCGGCCGUAUCGCCAUCGUUAUGGCCUUCCUUUUACUGGCACUGACAAGCCUUUGCCUGGGCUGGACAAUGCUAGGGGCGAUAGCUCUUGGUGUAUCCUGGCAACAGGGUGCCUUCAUUGCCCAUGAUGCAUGCCAUAGAGGCUGCGGUAGUGGUGAUGGUAGAUCCCCUUCUCGAAUCGGAUGGUUCAUCGGUUCGAUACUGUUUGGUAUAUCAUCUAGCAUGUGGAGUGAGGAGCAUGCCGCCCACCAUUGCUUCCCCCGACGUCCCCGUGAGGAUCCUCAGUUCAACUACCUGCCGACCUUUCUAAUAAGUCGCAAGGAGUUGCCGUACUCCAACAAGUGGGAGGAGCUCAUAGCUGGAGUCAUCGUGCCGGUACAGCACUUUGUCCUGGCCCCUGUUGCGAUGACCAUCGGCCGCUUUAAUUUUUAUAUCAUCAGUUUGAUCUUUUCGUGUAAGCGUGCAUUACAGUACUACAUCAAGGGUCAGUCAAUCCCUCUGCACUGCUGCCCUCUUGCCGACCUAUGUGGUAUGUCACUCUUCUGGCUAUGGUACGGCUGCCUCCUGUACCAGUUGGUACCGCCCAGCGAUCGUCUCCUCUUUCUUCUACUCUCCAACUGCACAGCUGGGGUCCUGCAUAUCCAACUCUUAGUCUCGCACUUAGCCGUAGACUGUUACCAUUCCGAUGAGGAGCCAGGCUGGUUUAGAUUGCAAUGCCAUACUAGUAGAAAUGUUGAAACCCGAGCCCAUUGGCUGUGGGGAGGGUUGGAGUACCAAAUCGAGCAUCAUCUUUUCCCACGGUUGCCGAGACAUGCGUUGCCGGCAGUUCAGCCUUUCGUGAUGGAACUAUGUGGGAAAUACGGAGUACCAUAUCGGUCUGAAGGAGAAGUGAAAACGCUGACUUUGAUUUUCGAAGAUCUUCGCAAUUUGGCAACCGUCGCGACCGAACCCGUCUAA